UUAUUUUUUUCUUUUCAAGUAUAAUUUUAGUUUGACCCACCUGUACUUCUGCAACUUCCAAAACUCCCUUCUUUUUCUUUAUACUCUUUUUACAAUUCUCUCUCUCUCUCUCUGCAAAUCUAGCUCAUUAGGGUUUCUUUUUCGUAGUUCCAAUCUUUUUCCUUGUUGGGUCUUCUCUAUCCUUUCAAAAUCUUAUUGGAGUUUCUUUUGGAUUCAAUUCUCUUUCCCUUGUUAAUCCAUAAUUACCCUUUCUUUUGAGGUUUUCUUAAAUUAAUUUAUUGUGGAUGAGUUAUUCGUUUUCUAAGUAAAAGGAUGGUCAACUUAUUCUUGUUAUUAUUAUUGUUACUGGCAUAAAAUAAGGAUGUGUGGCUUUUCCAACAUUAGUAGAUUUGAUGUUCUAAGUUUUUUCUUUCACUUGGCCGAAUGGCAUCCUCUGGAAUAGCAAAAGCUGAAUUGGGCAAUUUGAGCCCUUUCUAUCUGACACUAUUAUAAUUCAGAAUUAGGAAUAGGAUUUCUUUUUGUGGCUGAGAAUUCUGGUAGUGCUUGAAAGUUGAGCUUUGAUGUAUCGUAAGAGCUACUCAAUUGCUAGAGCAAUGGGCUGUUGUAGCUGCUUUGGAUUCUCAUGGAAGCCCAAACGACAAUCAAGACCUGUUACUGGGAGGAAUUAUAAUCUCUCCCAGGAACUUUUGUUGGAUGAAGAAAUUGAAGAUGAGGACGAUGGCUCAUACAAUGGUGACAUUACCGACACUACUUAUGAGGAUGAUGGUGAGUUGCCAAACCGUGUCAAACGCUCAGAAGAGAUUUUAAGAUUUCGAGAACAGAAUGGAAUGAUUUGCAGGCAAUUUCCUGUUAAGGAAACUCAGAUACUUAUUCGCUCAGAGGAUGAGAAUGGCAAUAAAAUGAUCAAUGAAUAUGUUCGUGAGUGUAAGAUUGGUGCUGGUAGCUAUGGUAAAGUGGUUUUGUAUCGGAGCAGUUUAGAUGGGAAGCAUUAUGCAAUUAAGGCUUUUCAUAAGUCUCAUUUGUUGAAGCUGCGUGUUGCACCUUCAGAGACUGCAAUGAGUGAUGUUCUCCGUGAGGUUCUGAUCAUGAAAAUGCUGGACCAUCCUAAUAUUGUCAAUCUCAUUGAGGUGAUUGAUGACCCAAACACAGAUCACUUCUACAUGGUUCUUGAAUAUGUUGAUGGAAAAUGGGUUUGGGAAGGUUCUGGUCCUCCCGGUGGAAUUGAAGAAAUUACUGCUAGAAAGUACUUACGAGAUAUCGUAGCUGGGCUUAUGUAUCUCCAUGCUCAUAAUAUAGUGCAUGGCGACAUUAAACCUGACAAUCUGUUGGUUACUCGAUCGGGUAGAGUGAAGAUAGGAGAUUUCAGUGUUAGCCAGGUCUUUGAGGAUGAUAAUGAUGAGCUCCGCCGGUCUCCUGGGACCCCCGUUUUCACUGCACCCGAGUGCUGUCUAGGGCUGACUUAUCAUGGCAAAGCCGCUGACACAUGGGCAGUAGGAGUGACUUUGUACUGUAUGAUUCUUGGACAAUACCCAUUUCUUGGAGAAACACUGCAGGAUACAUAUGAUAAGAUUGUUAACAAUCCUUUAGUUCUCCCGGAUGAAAUGAAUGCGCAGCUGAGGGACUUACUUGAAGGACUUCUUUGCAAAGAUCCAAAACUGAGGCUCACAUUAGAUUCUGUAGUGAAACAUAGUUGGGUUAUUGGAGAAGAUGGCCCGAUUUCUCAAUACUUUUGUUGGUGCAAGCGUAAUAGCCUUCAGAAGGAACAAUCAAAUGGGAGCAACACUGAACCACACAUGACGAUUAUCAAUUCUGAUGAGACUUGUACUGACUAAAUUGUUUUCUGUAGUUUGGAUUUAUUCAUGUAUAGCAGGAAACACAGGGCUUCGUUUUUCGGUUUUUCCCCUCUCUUUUUUUUCUACACAUCCAUGUGAUUGGAGAGGGAGGCAUGAUCUUUGUAUCGAACCAGAAUUAAGCAACUUCAUGGAAGUACAUGAUAUUGCAGGAAAUACAGGAGAUUUGAGACCCAGUUUGCCUGAAAUAUAAUGGAUUUGAGACCCAGUUUGCCCCCAAUGUAGAAAGAAUUUGAGCAGCUGAUUGAACUUUCGAACUGUCGAGAGAAAGAAAAAGGAAAUGGAAUAGUGUGUAGGUUUUCAGUUCACCCGUUUCAGGUUUUAAGUUGUAAUGAUUAAAAAUUAUGUGGUAAAUGUUUCAUGUAUCUUACUUGACAUUGGGAAUAUAAAUUUUGAGGAA